AUGGUUCACGUGCGAGAAGAAUGCGGUGCAGUGAAGAUGCCCAUCGGGGAACCCAGCAGUGUUAGUCUACCGUUUGAACUGGGAUUGGAAAAGCCAGAUCCAAGGAGAGCCUUGCACAGCGCCCUCACCAUUGUCGUUGCUUACGUUUUGGGUGGAGCAGUUCCCUUGCUUCCUUACGUCUUCUUUCCGAGGGCCAAGGAAGCUCUGGUUGCGUCAGUUGUCGUGACCUUGCAGGCGUUGCUGAUCUUCGGGUACGCCAAGGGCAGCUUCACCGAUAACAAACCCUUCCGGAGUGCCUUCCAGACUGCGCUCAUCGGAGCCAUAGCAUCCGCAGCUGCGUUUGGCUUGGCAAAGGCCAUCCAUCCAUGA